AUGGAUGACAAUAGUACAGAAACCGAAAUGUUGAGCUCGGAGCUGGUGUUCGAGGACUCAGAAGUUGAAAUAGAUAGUGCGAUUCUGAGAAAGCGUAUGAUGGAAGAAAAAAAUAAGACAAAAAGAAGAGCGACAAGAGAUACAACUAUUGGAAAGAAAAGACUUAAUAAAAACAAACAGUGGGACUUAUAUGUUUCAAAAUAUUCUUCUCAACAGAAGAAAAAUAGAAAAAAAAAAAAAUCCACACGUAAUCAUAGAAUGACAUCAGCACAUUUAAGAGCCCACACACUUAACACUGUAACUGAUUCUACUGAAAAUAGUGAAAAUAUCUUUGAUUUUGAGCAACAAAGCAGUAAUUCCUGUCUAAUCAGUAAGGUGACUGACCCAUCUGUGCAAAAAGUAGACUCUGAGCUAGCAUUCGAGGGUUUAGAUGUUGAAAUAGAUAGUGUGGUUCCACUGAAAAAGCGUAUGAAGGGAGAAAAAAAGAGGAAAAAAAGAAGAAUAACAAGUGGUACAUAUAAUAGAAAAAAAAAAUUGUAUAAAAAAAAACAUGGGGAUUUAUGCAUUUCGAAAUAUUCUUCUCAACAAAGGAAAAAUCAAAUCCACAAAUCCACAUGUAAUCGCAGAAUGAAAUCAGCACAUGUAAGAGCCUGUUCAUUUAACACUCCAGCUGACACUAUAGAAAGUGCCGAAAAUAUCUUUGAUUUUGAUCAACAAAGUAGUAAUUCCUCUCCAUUGAGUAAAGACAUUGACCCAUCUGUACAAACAUUGCUUUCCGAACCAGUGGUCGAGGGUGUAGAAGCUGGAAUAGAUAGUGUGAGUCCACUGAGAAAGCAUAUGAAGGGAGAAAAAAAGAGGAAAAAAAGAAGAACGACAAGAGGUACAAAUGUUCGAAAGAAAGUAUUUAAUAAAAAAAAACAGUGGGACUUAUACGUUUCAAAAUAUUCUUCUCACCAAAGAAAAAAUCAAAAGAACAAAUCCACAUGUAAUCGCAGAAUGAAAUCAGCACAUGAAAGAGCCUGUUCAUUUAACACUCCAGCUGACUCUACUGAAAAUAUCGAAAAUAUCUUUGAUUUUGAUCAACAAAGCAUUAAUUCCUCUUUAUUGAGUAAGGUAAUUGAACAAUCUGUAGAAAAACUAAACUCCGAGCUAGUGUUCGAGGAUGCAGAAGCAGGAAUAGAUAGUGUGAAUUCACUGAGAAAGCAUAUGAAUGAAGAAAAAAAUAAGAAAAAAAGAAAAACGACAAGAGGUACAAAUGUUCGAAAGAAAGUAUUUAAUAAAAAAAAACAGUGGGACUUAUACGUUUCAAAAUAUUUAUCUCAUCAAAGAAAGAUUCGAAAGAAAAAAUCCAAACGUAAUCGCAGAAUGAAUUCGGCACAUUUAAGAGCCUGUUCAUUUAACACUUCAAUUGCCUCUACUGAAAGUACCGAAAAUAUCUUUGAUUUUGAGCAACAAUGCAGUAAUUCCUCUCUAAUGAGAAGAGUAUUUGACUCAUCUAACGAAGAACUUUCAGAAACUUGA